AUGGGCUUCAAUGACUGGUACUCUAACUUUGGAUAUUCAAUGGGCUACUUUUGGGUCAAUUAUGUUAAACUUCCCUUAAAAAUUCCAAGUUUUAAUAUUCUUAUCUUUGUUAUAGCAAAUGUUAACUGCAAACACUUCAGAACACUCCUAUUCAUUCCAGAAUUACUUCUUUUAUACCAUGUUGAUAGAAUGCCAGAAGUUGUCAAAUUAAAAUCGAAACGCAGCCUGUUUUACUACUUCAAGACCAUUGGAUAUGUACAAGGAUUGUAUCUAACAGUCAAUGCAUUGGCUAAUUCAUAUGAUGAGUUUUUGGCCAUAAGAGAAUCAACUUUCUUUGUAUUUCCGAUGCUUUCAUUGGUCACUUUAGGCCUUGUUAAGUACUAUGGUCAAUCUAAUAAUAGAAGUUUAGAUGAUUGA